AUGUCCGACGCGUCGUCUUCAUAUCGAAGUCGCGUUUUGCGACCAAAGAAACCGAGAAAUAUCCCUUUCGAGGCCGAACAGCUCCUAUACCGUUUCACUGUUGGCUCUAGGAAUCCCCCGAAGGGUCAAUCCGAUUGUUUCUUUGCGACCAGUCUUUGGGAUAGUACUAGUAGUACACCCACACUCGCGCCAUGGAAAGAAGGCCCCAAUGCUCAGACAACAGAAUACCGCACCACGGGUACUGCCGAACGGAAUACUAGUACUAGUAAUAUUCAAUCCCCUUUUUUCAAAUUUCACUUCGCCAACUGUUCCACCCAACGCCCCAUCCCCAUCCCCGUCGCAACUGAGAACAUCAACUAUCCGUCACUCUCACCUCAUCAAUCCUUCCCCUCUACUGCUUCCACCCCUACCUCCACUUCGAGUUCCUUAUCAACACGACCGCCUGGCAAUGAAACACCUCGCCAAGCUCCCAGGGACCAGCUCCGAAAGACUGCUACCGUCAGCAACGCCAAUCAAAUGACCCCCGCCAGGAUAAUAGAAUAUCAACCCCAACGAGCAGGCAGUUCUCGCCAGAAAAAGGCAUCCACUCGACCGACUAUAAUCCCCACCAUCCCCCGGCCUAUUGCUUCCCGACAUACUCGCGAACGAGACUCCUCCUCGGAAUACCAGUCCCACCAGUCGUCCAGAGCCUCCUCAGGCUCUCCCGCGCCGAUCCCCAAAGAUUCUCCUCCCCGGCGUUCCAGCCGCGCCAGGAGGGAUCCAAUCACCUAUAAUGUCCGUGCACUAGUCGGGCUCGAGUUGGAACCAGCAGAAGCAGAAGCCGCAGACAGGAGUCGUGGCAAUGAGGCCAGCAGUGGAGCAUCAUCUCCUAGGCCAUCAAAUACCUCAUUGAUCUCUUCCACCCCGGUGGACUCCCAGACCCCGCAAAGUUUAGGCAGUGGGUCUUCGCGCGAACGACCGAGCAUUGGACAUCUCCUCCGCAAUAGACAACAAGGUCGAUUCAUAAGUAAUUCCUACUACAAUCAUGCCUAUACCGAUAGGCUCUCAGAGCUGACCCCUUGGCGAAGCUGGAAGGGAGCCUCAAAUGAUAUUACCAGCAUAGCAUGGUCACCGGAUGGUACCCGUUUUGCCGCGGGAGCAACGACACACGGCGGUGACUAUAAUCGAGGCAAUAACUUGGUUUUAGGGGAUUUGUCACGGAAUUCACUCAUGGAACUUCCCGAUCACUGGAUACGUCGUGAAAACCCAACCAGCACGCAGGACUCGCGUCUUUUUGCAACAGUCUCCUCCACGCAGUGGGUCGGGGAACAGCUCUAUUCCGCGAGCUUCGACAAGACGGUAAAAAUGUGGGAUAUUGGGUAUGGGGCUUCCUGUGUCCGAACGCUCACUCAUGACGCUCAAGUUGAGGUCAUGGCGGCUUCGAAAUAUAGACCGAAUCUACUUGCCACAGGUACCAAGAGCGGCUUUCGCCUCUGGAAUUUGGGCUCAUUGGUGUCUUAUGAGAACCUUCAUCUUGCUCGGUAUUCCGGUCAGAAGAACGUGGAAUUAUCCCCCACGAACCUGAUCUGGGGAAAUUCACCUGGAACGAGGAACCUUCUCGUUGGUGGUAUGGUGCAACGGACGGAUGACGCGGAAGAUAUUCACGUGGCACGUUAUGGGCAUUUGGGCAUGUGGAAGCUUGAAGAGUCAUCAGUGACUACAAUCAAGCUGAGUCCAGACUCACAGAACAUUUUCGACAUCAAGUGGCAUCCCUCGAUGCCCACAUUUGCGACAGCGAGUUCAAUGAGAGACCACAAGUCCUAUCCUCCUGGAUCCCAAUCGCUCGUCAACGUUUAUAGCUACAAUCCCUCCGCAAGUAAGGCCAUCCACAGCCACUCUUUUGCCUGCCCGGCUGUGGACAUCAAUGAGACUACCUUCUGUCCAUUCGGAUCCAACCAUAUGACUGCUAGCUGCACGGACGGGAGUACUUAUGUGUGGGAUGUUCGCUACCCGAAUACACUACUUCACAAACUACGGCAUGGCGAGGCAGAUUACCCAAUUAAUCACGAGAUUCGCCGGGAAUAUGCGGACGUAGGUGUUCGGGCUGCUUUAUGGGGUACAUCGAUCGACCAGUUCUACACAGGUGCAUCUGAUGGCUUUCUCAAGCAAUGGGACAUCCGACGCGCCACUGAGGACGCCCUGGUUUCCAACGUUGCAAAAUUCAACGAUGGAGUCAUGGGUGCUGUCUUUUCGCCCGACAAUGCCCAUCUUCUUGUGGGUGAUAAUGCAGGUGGGAUCCAUGUCUUGUCUUCUGGUCCUUGUGCGGACCCUGAACCGGGGCUCUUCAAUUUCGAGUACGCACCUGUUCAAGAACAAGCUUGCGACAACCAACCGGAACAGCCUUCUUCUGAAAUGACAGGAGUAGCCGCUGCGCGUCAGCUGUUGGAAUCUUGCCAGUUGACAAUUAAUCCGCUCUAUGGACCAGUGCAAGGCCCUAAAUAUUCCGGUCCCUUUGCGCGGUGGCCACGAGGCAUUGAUGCUGAUGCGCCAGCGGAAAGUGUAGCACAGGCACCCCUUCUAGAGGAACACCAACUUCGCCAGUUCCAAGGGCCACCAUUGAAGGACCGAAAUGGUCUCGAUGAACAUUCUAGAAAGGAGUUACAGCGGGUAUUCAACCUUGCUCAUGCUUGCAAUGAUUCGAGGAAUGCUCAACCAGCACCUCCUCAGCCAGCACUCUCUCGACCAUCCAAACCUCAACCGACAGUCGGCCAAUCUACUGGCCAUCUACAAAGCUCGCAAAAGCGGAAGCGCGCGAGCUCUCAUAUAUCCAUGAGCAGUAACGGCGAAGAGUCCCAUGCUCCUGUUCUCAAAAAGGCAAAACGGCCAUUGCCGAGCAACGAGCAAGACAAGCCCACCGCGCAGCCGAUACAGGCCGACAUCAUUGACUUGACUAUUUCGGACGAUGAUGACGACGGACCGAUUACACCAAGACGUGUCAAAUUGCCUCCAGCCCCCAGCCCAACCACAUUCAAGAUGGAAAGCCCUGAACAAGUUCCACAAAUCAUUCCUGAUGAAAUCCCUGAUGAUAUGUCCCACGGCGAAUUGGUGGAAACGCCUGAUGAAGCGCUGGAAGAUGACUAUUGGUGGCCAGACAGCCGGCAGGUAGAUGCAAAUAUCCCGCGCCGAACGGAUGGUUAG